CCAGAUCAAAAUUCUGACUAGAAGAAUCUCUUCGUUUAUUCUAUUAUGAUGACUCGAUACGUUUCGUCAAAACUCAAGCAACAACAACGACAACAACACACAAAAUACAAAAGACACACCGUUGGAUCCAAAUCUCAAAAUUCAAUUCAACGAAUAAGAAAUGUACGGCAAAACCAUAUGCACCAUCGUCCUCUUCGUCUUCCUCAUUGCUUCCUACUCAAUCUACAUGGGCACUGUAGAUCCAACCCCUUACUUCACCCAGCUCCAGUCCCUCCCCCGCGCCAUCUCCCCCUCCUGUAACUCCUCCACCACCGCCUCACGACCUCUCCGCGUCUUCAUGUACGAUCUCCCGCGAAAAUUCAACAUCGCGAUGAUGGAUCCUCACCUCUCGGAAGUCGACCCGAUCACCGCCGAGAAUCUCCCUCCCUGGUCCCAGACCUCCGGCGUCCAGCGCCAGCACAGCGUCGAGUACUGGCUCAUGGCCUCCCUUCUCCACCGCGAGGGAGAGAAAGAGAAAGAGGCGGUUAGGGUUUUUGAUCCGGAAUCGGCGGACGCCUUCUUCGUCCCUUUCUUCUCUUCCUUAAGCUUCAACACUCACGGCAAGAACAUGACGGAUCCGGAUACGGAGUUUGACCGGCUACUACAGGUUGAGUUAAUGGAGUAUCUUGAGAACUCCAAGUACUGGCAACGUUCGGGCGGUAGAGACCAUGUGAUUCCCAUGACGCAUCCUAACGCUUUUAGAUUCUUGAGGCAGCUAGUGAACGCGUCGAUCCUCAUUGUCGCUGACUUUGGGCGUUACCCUAAGGAGAUGGCGCGUUUAGGUAAAGAUGUGGUGUCUCCGUAUGUACAUGUGGUUGAGUCCUUUGAUGGGGAUGAUGGGGAUGAUAGUACUCCGGAUCCGUACGAGUCUCGCAGCACGCUUCUUUACUUCCGUGGGAAUACUGUUAGGAAAGCUGAUGGUAAAAUCCGUCGUCAGUUGGAGAAGUUGCUUGCUGGUAACUCUGAUGUUCGCUAUGAGAAGAGUGUAGCAACUACACAAAACAUCAAAGUGUCUACGGAAGGAAUGAGAUCAUCAAAGUUCUGUCUGCAUCCAGCUGGAGACACUCCAUCAUCAUGCCGCUUAUUUGAUGCCAUUGUAAGUCACUGUGUUCCGGUCAUCAUAAGCGACAAGAUCGAGCUGCCGUUCGAAGAUGAGAUAGACUACUCAGAGUUCUCAGUCUUCUAUUCUGUAAAAGAGGCGCUUGAACCAGGAUUCAUCCUCGACAACCUCCGGCAGUUUCCCAAGGAGAAAUGGCUGCAAAUGUGGGAAAACCUGAAGAACGUGUCUCAUCACUUCGAGUUUCAGUACCCGCCCAAGAGAGAAGACGCAGUGAACAUGUUGUGGAGACAGGUGAAACACAAGAUACCAAAUGUCAAGCUCGCUGUACAUAGAAACAGGAGGUUGAAAGUCCCUGAUUGGUGGCUCUGAAGAAUGACAGGAUUAAAAAGCCUUUUAUCAUUCUUUCUUCCCUUCAAUACUGUACAUUAGUUGAUUCUUUUGUUACCUUUUGAGUUUCAUGAUCCAUUUUAUAGGGGGGCAUAUAUAUACUUUAAAAACAUCAUUUUUAUAACCACAUAAUAAUAUUUUUUAAGGUGAGAGUUCAUCUUGUUGUGAA